AUGAGAUUGGAAAUGCUGAUACGUUCCCCUUUCAUCCUGUAUCGACAUAUCGCUGCAGAUUGGUUGAAAAGUAGUUUACUACCCUCUAGGCUGAUCAUUCAUCAGCGGACAUUAACAAACAACACAAAAUUGUUGAAAAUGCCCCCAACACAGCUUCAACAUCAAAAUGGAUUGACAACAGAAAUGCCUUCCCUUCCUCUUUUAUUAGAAUCACAAACCGGUGAAGAUACGGGUAUUUUAUUGGCAAAAAUGAAUGUUCCUCGUACUAAAAAUGCCCUUUCAAGAGCGCUUUUUCGUGAGGCUGUCGAUAGACUUCGUUAUGAUAGAAAUGCUCGUGUUUUAAUUAUUAAAAGUGCUGUUCCUGGAACUUUUUGUACAGGUGCUGAUCUAAAGGAAAGACGACAAAUGACUGAAAUUGAAGUUUUUCAAUUCGUUGACUUUUUGAGAAGAACCUUUAAUGAAAUAUCUGCUUUACCUUUUCCGGUACUUGCAGCGAUUGACGGCUUUGCACUAGGUGGAGGACUAGAAUUAGCUAUGGCAUGUGAUAUUCGAAUAGCCUCGCCCCAAUCAAAACUUGGGUUGGUAGAGACUAAAUUAGCAAUAAUUCCUGGUGCUGGGGGAACUCAAAGACUCCCAAGAAUUGUUGGAUUGGCUAAAGCAAAAGAAUUAAUCUUUACUGGGAAAGUACUUACAGGCAGUGAGGCUUUAAGUAUCGGACUUGGACCUAUAGCGUCGAAAAUGGCCAAAAUAGCAAUAGAUCGAGGAUCAGAAUUAGAAUUAGCUAGUGGAAUGGUAGUUGAACAACAAUGCUAUGCACAAAUUAUGCCUACAAAAGACCGUUUAGAAGCCUUAAAAGCUUUUGCAGAGAAAAGAGAGCCUAAAUAUAAAGGAGAAUAA